GCAGGCCCAGGACUGGGCGUGCCCUCGCCUGCCCCGCCGCAGCGCGCCAGCCCCGACCAUGCAGCUGGGGGCGCGCAGGGAGAAGACCGUGCCCCCUGCGCACAGCGCCGGGAGAGGUGCGGGAACCCAGCCUCGGCUGGAGGCCCCGGGACCUCUGGGCCCCUGAGCCUAGCAGAGCAGUAGCCGCCCCGCUGAACUUGGAGUGGCCUCUGCCGGUGCUCUAGGGGCGCAGUUCACUGGCCGGUCUGCAAGUUUCCUUGGAGGCGACAGAGUCCAGGAAAGGAGUCAGACACCUGCCUGGGCCACAAUGCUGUCGUCCGGUGACUUUGCAUCUGCUUCCUGGGAGCUCGUGGUGCGUGUUGACCACCCAAACGAAGAGGAGCAGAAAGAUGUCACACUCAGAGUGUCUGGAGACCUGCAUGUCGGGGGAGUGAUGCUCAAGUUGGUAGAACAGAUCAACCUGCCACAGGACUGGUCAGACUUUGCCCUUUGGUGGGAGCAGAAGCGUUGCUGGCUUCUGAAAACCCACUGGACCCUGGACAAAUGUGGAGUUCAGGCGGAUGCCAAGCUUCUGUUCACCCCCCAGCAUAAAACUCUUCGCCUUCGCCUGCCAAACAUGAAGACAGUGCGGUUGCGGGUCAGCUUCUCAGCUGUGGUGUUCAGAGCUGUGAGUGACAUCUGCAGGACCCUGAAUAUUAGAAGAUCAGAAGAACUGUCCUUAUUAAAACUUUCUGGUGACUGUUUCAAGAAGAAGAAGAAAAAAGACAAAAGUAAUAAGGAAUCUGUAAUUGAAGAUGUACUAAACCUUGAGAGUUCUUCAACAAGUUCAGGUUCACCAGUAAGUCCUGGCUUGUACAGUAAGACCAUGACUCCAACAUACGACCCCAUCAACGGAACACCCGUGUCAUCCACCAUGACAUGGUUCAGUGACAGCCCCCUGACGGAACAGAACUGCAGCAUCCUGGCCUUCAGCCAGCCUCCCCAGCCACCAGACGCACUCACUGACGUGUACCAGCCUCGGACUCUGCUCGACAAAGCCAAGUUUAACGCAGGCUGGCUGGACUCCUCCCGCUCCCUUAUGGAGCAAGGCAUCCAAGAAGACGAGCAGCUGCUGCUGCGGUUUAAAUACUACAGUUUCUUUGACCUGAACCCUAAAUACGACGCUGUCCGAAUCAACCAACUCUAUGAGCAAGCCAGGUGGGCCGUCCUCUUAGAAGAAAUCGACUGCACAGAGGAGGAGAUGCUGAUCUUCGCAGCGCUGCAGUAUCACAUCAGCAAACUGUCCCUGUCCGCGGAAACUCAGGAUUUUACGAGCGAGUCUGAGGUUGAUGAGGUCGAAGCGGCGCUUUCUCACCUGGAAGUGACGCUGGAAGGUGGAAAAGCAGAGAACGCUCUGGAGGACAUCACUGAUAUCCCUAAACUCACUGACAGCCUCAAAUUAUUUAGGCCCAAGAAGCUAAUGUUAAAAGCUUUCAAACAAUAUUGGUUCGUCUUCAAAGACACAUCCAUAGCCUACUUUAAAAAUAAGGAAGUUGAACAAGGAGAGCCAAUAGAAAAGCUGAAUCUUAGAGGCUGUGAAGUCGUGCCAGAUGUAAAUGUGGCAGGGAGAAAAUUUGGAAUCAAGUUACUGAUCCCCGUAGCUGAUGGCAUGAAUGAAGUAUAUUUGAGAUGUGACCAUGAGAACCAAUAUGCCCAAUGGAUGGCUGCCUGCAUCCUGGCCUCCAAGGGCAAAACCAUGGCAGACAGCUCCUACCAGCCAGAGGUUCUCAACAUCCUUUCAUUUUUGAGGAUGAAAAACCGGAAUGUAUCAUCUCAGGCGACUUCCAGUGUCGAGAGCAUGGACAUGAAUCCGGAGUGUUUUGUGUCGCCUCGGUGUGCAAAAAAACACAAAUCUAAACAGCUGGCGGCCCGGAUCCUGGAAGCCCACCAGAACGUGGCCCAGAUGCCCCUGGUCGAAGCCAAGCUGCGGUUCAUCCAGGCGUGGCAGUCCCUACCUGAAUUCGGCCUCACCUACUACCUUGUCAGAUUUAAAGGAAGCAAAAAAGACGACAUUCUGGGAGUUUCCUAUAAUAGAUUGAUUAGAAUCGAUGCAGUCACUGGGGUUCCAAUUACAACCUGGAGAUUCACAAAUAUGAAACAGUGGAAUGUCAACUGGGAAAUCAGACAGGUGGCGAUCGAGUUUGACCAAAACGUCUCCAUUGCGUUCACCUGCCUGAGUGCGGAUUGCAAGGUCGUGCACGAGUACAUCGGGGGCUACAUUUUCCUGUCCACCCGCUCCAAGGACCAGAAUGAGACACUCGACGAGGACCUGUUUCACAAGCUGACCGGCGGGCAGGACUGAGGCGGAGCAGGCCUGCUGCGAGUCUUCUCUGCACGGGAUCUCUGGCUUGUCCAGUGCGUGGAUUCCAUGCAAACAACAGCAUUUGUGCGUGGAGAGACACCGGAUCCUUGCCUCGUUCCAAACACACGGCCGGCGCUUCCCUUUCCGUACUUUGCCAGCAGGACAGCAGGGGUCUUAGUGGCCUUUUCCAAAAACUGGGUGGGAAACGGAGAGGAUGGCGCAGUGAGACGGCUCUAAGGUCCAGCAGCAGCACCAGUUUUGCUGUGCAGAGCCUGUCAGUGAGGCCCCGUGCUUCUGUUCCUCAUCGCGAUGUCAGGGAAGCAGACAGACAGGUAAAAAUCACACGGAGCAUGUGCAAAUCUUAUCCCACAAACUCAGGUAUGGAAAGAAAUAGGGCUUUGCUUAAUACAACUGCUUUGACCUCUCCUGUAGUGCCCUGGAGGCCAAAGUCCCGGGGUUGGAGAGGUGAGAGAUGGGGUCACCUGCUAUCAGUAGGCGACAGGGGGUCAGGGCACAGGCCCUCGGGGUCGUCUGCCCACAGUGACGCCUGGCAAGGUGACCGCUGACCCAUCUGGUCCUUUGGUUCCUACAGCCACCCUCAAGCCCAUUCUAUCCCUGGGGCCUCCGAAGCCCCUGGAAGCCCCUCUUGAAGAUGUGAGUGACACAGCGGUGCAGGGAAACCUCAACUCAGGUCCAGGUCUCAACUGUUCGCUUCUGGAAUGGGGCCCAGGAAGAUAGGCACAGGGCUCUGUGCUCAUAAAAGCUGUCUCCUGGCAUGGAGGGGUGCAGUUGGGUCUCCCCCCACCCGUCAGGGGGCAGAGCAGGCCCAUUCUCAGGGACUGAGGCUCCCCCUGGCGGCCGCCAUUCAGCCCACGUCCUGGACCUGGUGUGUCUAUGACUCCUGGCCUUUCCCCUAAAGGCCUCUUUGGCUCCGGUAAAUCACAAGCCAGUACGGGACUUUCUCUUCCCUGCCCUGGAACACGAGUGUGAGCCGCUGAAUGGCUGCCUGGAUUGUCCUUUGCUGUUCUGGUUCCCAGUGGUUUUGAGAAGGUGAGAAGCAGCAGAGAGGCAAAUGGAAACAUCAGAAAAUAUUUUAGUGUGAUUUUUACGGACUCUCUCCUACCACGCAAAGAACAUGGGUUGCAAGGAUAUGGUGAAUACUCCAAUUCCAAUAUUCGGGGGAACCUGGCUGAGCUCAGAUGCCUGCUAGCCCCAACUGUUGCUUUAUUUCCCAACAAAGCCAUCUGCAAAGGGCGCUCUCAGCAAUCUGAAGCCACCUGGAGACAGCCAUAGCUAGGCACCCACUGCCCCGAGCCAAACGCUGCCUGGAGUCCUGUUUCCGCCUCUCCUUAGAGGUGAAGGUUAAUGAAGCUCCCAGCCACCAGAUGAAUUCCGAGGCCAAGCUUAAAGCUCAGAGGUGGCUGAAGCACUUGCUGAAGCACUCGGGUUCAUAUCACAAAGAAGCUCAUUUGAAAUAUUCUGUGCAGAAACCGUUGCUAAGGGUGCUGUGUCCAGCUCAGCGUUCGUCAUUUCUCUGUAUCCUGGGAGCUAGCUGGGUCUUUAAGAUGCUGAGGAGCCGGCUGGCGCCACGGCUCAAUAGGCUAAUCCUCCGCCUUGUGGCGCCAGCACAGCGGGUUCUAGUCCCGGUCGGGACGCCAGAUUCUGUCCCGGUUGCCCCUCUUCCAGGCUAGCCCUCUUCUAUGGCCAGGGAGUGCUGUGGAGGAUGGCCCAAGUGCUUGGGCCCUGCACCCUCAUGAGAGACCAGGAGAAGCACCUGGCUCCUGGCUUCUGGCUUCGGAUCAGUGCGAUGCGCCGGCCGUGGCACAGCGGCCAUUGGAGGGUGAACCAAUGGAAAAAAAGGAAGACCUUUCUCUCUGUCUCUCUCUCUCACUGUCCACUCUGCCUGUCAAAAAAUUAAAAAAAAAAAAAAGAUGCUGAGGAGCCCUGUACUCAAAUGAUGCUCUUUGAUGCCAAGCACAGCUCUGGCCAUCCUACCAGAGCCAAGCCUUCUGUUUGCUUCUCUUCCUGGGGUUUGCAUGGUUGUCUGGCAGGUCCAUGGAACUCCCAAAGGAAUCUGCUGCUUUUAACCAAACUUUCUGUUGGUUGCAACUUUCAGAGGAGCAUUUCUUUGGUAAUCAUACGGCCACACCCCAAAGGAAUAAACAAGGGUGACCAGAAAACCUUAAAGGACACUUUCCAAAGAGCAGCACAAGGAUUUUUUUUUUAAUAUUGGGUGCAAAAAGUCAGCUGACUUCUUGUGAAAUUUGAAGCAAACAUGUGCCUUUUCACAUCGUUUGCUUUCCUACCUGCAGGAAUCUUUAGGUUUUUUAUGGUUUUGUAUGACAUUUUUCAGUAAAAGUCUUAUAUGUAUUCAAAUAUGGUCCAAGCCGGCGCCGUGGCUCAAUAGGCUAAUCCUCCACCUUGCGGCGCCGGCACACCGGGUUCUAGUCCCGGUUGGGGCGCCGGAUUCUGUCCCGGUUGCCCCUCUUCCAGGCCAGCUCUCUGCUAUGGCCAGGGAGUGCAGUGGAGGAUGGCCCAGGUGCUUGGGCCCUGCACCCCAUGGGAGACCAGGAAAAGCACCUGGCUCCUGGCUCCUGCCAGGAUCAGCGCGGUGCGCCGGCUGCAGCGGCGGCCAUUGGAGGGUGAACCAGCGGCAAAAGGAAGACCUUUCUCUCUCUGUCUCUCUCUCUCACUGUCCACUCUGCCUGUCAAAAAAAAAAAAAAAAAAAAAAAAAAAAUAUGGUCCAGUUGUGUCCUUUCCCACUCACUGUUGCUAAAAAGGUGAAUAUUUUCUAUUGUGAAAGAAAAGUGCAACUCUGAGGGCUUCCAUGGGCCCCUCCUCAUGAUUACAGCAUUCCAGCUCAUUCUCUCUGCUGGUGCAGGGAGCGGCUGAUCACUGGGUCCCCAGAGAGUCCCUUGGCAAUCUCACUUAACCUUCACUAUUGGUUGCAACUCCUCUCUCCCUGGCUUUGUCUCCAAGUUUCCUGACCUCUCCUGCCUUGUCGUGAGCUCUUUUCUCCCUUUCUAGCUCCACCUCUUGGAAAAAGUAGCAGAAAGCAAAGCAAUAAAUUCGAGAGUACUUGAAAAAGCUGGUGGAAAAUGGAAUUAAAAGAUAAGUUUAUUAUGAUGCAGGAACAAAUUCAGGGGCCAGUGCUGUGGCAUAGUGGCUGGGCCACCACCUGCAAUGCCGGCAUCCCAUAUGGACAUUGGUUCAAUUCCCAGCUUCUGAUCCAGAUCCCUGCUAAUGCACCUAGGCAAGCAGCAGAAGAUGGCCCAAGUGCUUGGGCCUCUGCACCCACAUGGGAGAUCUAGGGGAGGCUCCUGGCCCCUGACUUCAGCCUGAUCCAGCUCCAGUUAUUACCGCCAUUUGGGGAGUGAUGUAACAAUUGAAAGACCUCUCUCUCUCUCUCUCUCUCUCUCUCUCUCUUCCUCUCUCUGUGUGGUUCUGAUUUUCAAAUAAGUAAAUAGAUCUUUAAAAAAAAAAAAAAGAACAAAUUUGAAAUUGUG